AUGGGGUCGGAGUUGGUCUUGAACACAUCAUGCUGCGUUCGCUCAAAGUCCAGCCUGCUUGUCGGAUUCUCUGCGCCUUGCCGCCCAGUCAGCUCGGACAACCUGAUCAUCGAAGUGAGAGAGGACCAGCAGUACAUGGCAGCCUUGAAAAAGAGCUUGUUUGUCUACGAGCACGGCGGCCAAACCGUGCUCUCCAACGGACAGCAGCACCAGUACGUCGAAGCAACUACGACGCCUUGGUUCCGUGAAAUCUUCUUUGAUAGAAAGCCCCUUACCUGCAGACAUGACUGUAGCAAUGCCAGAACUGCGAGAUUAGCUCGCGACAAUUGCUGCCUGAACGCUCCGUGUCAGACAUAUGAAAGGUGUCUGUUGCCCUACAUCACCAACGGUGUCAUCAGCAAGCUCGUUUCCGAGUACGUGCCGCUGCCAGUGCACAGCAAUCCACGCGGCAAGCCCAGCAAGGUUGGACCGACUGUUUCGGAGCCUGAGCAUGGUGGACUCCAAGCGGGUGCACCGGCUGCUCCCCCGCAUCGUGGAGCAACUCCGAAGUUUGGAGCCCUUGGAGCAGGUCCGGCUUCCAACGAGCCUGCCGACUCGACAGGCGUGCUUGCAAAGGUGAACUUGGCUGUGGAGACACCCCUGCAGCUGGAAGCGCCGACACCCCCUGCCAAGCGCUUGAAGACGGAGGCUAGGGCAGCCUGCACGAUACAGCACUCUAAGACAAGCGUGGGCUCCACGACGCAGCGUCCUUACGUGGUCUUGUAUGGGGACAACGAUGAGAUGGGGCGGGAAGAGCCCAAGCUCCUCAGGGUCGACGGUGCCAAGGCACAUGUCGUCGCAUUCCUUCCCGUGAACGGGGCCAUGGACUACGAGAUCAAUCGCCACCGCUCUGGUGAUUUCUAUGUCCACAGCAGCAGCAUGGCAUUCAGCGAGUGGUGCGAUGACCUCGCCACGAAGCAUCUCGAAGCGAAGACUGCGUGGAUGGCACCCGAGACUCUGCCGCCGUCGGAGCGAGAGCCGGAUGAAUCCGGCGUUUGCCGCUCCUUGCACAUGUCAUUCUCAGAAGAGGUCCAUACCGGUGACGACUCCUGGAUUCCCAGCUGCACGGAGGAGUGGAGUCGCAGCCACCCGAGGGUUCCUGAUCUUGAGGAGUCCGACGAUCUUCGAGCCUGCCUGGAAGCGGCUGAGGAGAUUCACGGUGUGCAGGUUCUCGAAGAGUCCGGCAUUCCAGUCGGCUUGGUGGCGCCAGCCCCACCGCCCCAGGACUAG